UUAUUUGUCUGUUUUUUCGUUUGGAACCAACUUCAAUCUAAUAACAAUUGGCUGAUAGAUUUCACAUGAGCAGGCUUAUGCACAUAUGAAUAUGUAAAUGCGCAUGUAUGAUACACUGAGUCAAAAAUCAGGUUAUAGGAUAAUUAAACAGUAAAAUUGAGGUGAAAAAUUCCUUACCACACAAAACAAAACAAAAAAGGCUUGUCUCAUCAUGUUCAUCUCAGAGACAAAUUUCAUAAAGUUUACGUACCCGCCCGGGAAUAAGUCGUUGGUCUAAUACUUCAACAUUGCUAUUCUAAAUAUGGUCCUCUAAUAAUCAUUUGUAUAUAAAAGUAUUGGGUUUUUUUUCCUAAUUUAGUUGCAUAAUAAGAUUUUAAGAACCUUUAAAGCAAACAGUGACCCAAGUGUGUCGUUUUAUACUAAUAACAAUGUAUAUAUAUUAAAAAAUAGAGUGGGACUAUAGAAAAAAACAAAUUAAAUAGAGGCAUUGGGUCCAUUUCCUUUAUUCAAUAGACUUAUUGCAUUGUUUUGGUCCCAUUAUUACCUCCUUCUCUUACCCGUACCCAAAAAUAUUAAUGCAUAUAAAUAUUUUGAGUGACUGAGAAGUGUUAGACAAAAUUUCACCAACGUUUCUUCUUCCCAUAUGAAAGUUUCUCGCCCAUUUCUUCUUAAAGUUCACUGCCCUGUUUUUUUUCCCUCAUUUUGAAUAGUUCCCAAACUUUUUUUCUUCCCCUGAGGCUAUUUCCUUUAUUUGCAUAAAUCUUGGGAUCCGAAUCGUAAAAAGCAAUCAGAAUAAUAGACUUGUACGAUUCUUGUGCCUAAGCUAAACAAUGGCAGAUAGUGCGUCCGUGGAGGAAUACUAUAACCUCCGCUCGGAGAGAGUAACUCAGCAUCUUGUCCCUAACUCGGAGUCUGACUCAGUGAGUCAGAAAAGCAAAGCAGAGCAAAGCGAGAAUAAGAAGACGAAACGUGUGAUAGACUCCGGUAAACACCCAGUUUAUCGUGGAGUAAGAAUGAGGAACUGGGGAAAAUGGGUGUCGGAGAUUCGUGAGCCGAGGAAGAAAUCACGUAUUUGGCUCGGAACUUUCCCGACGCCGGAGAUGGCGGCGCGUGCACACGACGUGGCGGCUCUGAGCAUAAAAGGAACCUCCGCUAUACUAAACUUCCCUGAACUUGCUGACUCAUUCCCUCGACCCGUCUCGCUAAGCCCUAGAGACAUUCAGACCGCAGCUCUUAAAGCAGCUCACAUGGAACCUACGACGUCGUUUUCAUCUUCCACAUCGUCGUCGUCGUCGUCUUCUACGUCUUCGCUUGAGUCUCUUGUGUUGGUGAUGGACCUCUCGAGGACUGAGUCGGAGGAGCUGGGUGAGAUUGUGGAGCUGCCAAGUCUCGGAGCAAGUUACGACUUCGACUCGGCUAACCUUGGGAACGAGUUUGUGUUCUCUGACUCAGUGGACUACUGUUUAUAUCCGCCGCCGUGGGGACAGUCGUCGGAAGAUAACUACGGUUACGGAAUUAGCCCUUAUUUUGGCCAUGGCUUGUCGUGGGAUCUCUAACAGUUUAUUUUGUAUCAUUACUAUAAUCAAUGUUUUGUUAAUCACGUUUUUUUUAAGACCCUUUUUUUUUUUUAAGUUUAGCUAAGAAUUUUUUUUUUUUUUUUUUGCUGCGUGUGUGAGCUCCAUAAUGAUACGUGUACAAAACUCUAUUUGUGUUUUUUUUUUUUUUUGACAUCCCUCUAUUUGUGUUUUGUAUAUAUAAAUAUCAGUUUGUUUGUCGGGAAAGAACGGGAAGAAAAAAAGUGAAAUUUUUGUUAGUAAUUAUCAUCAAGUGAAUAAGCGAUAAAUAAAAGUCCACUAACUUUAGGAUAUAGUAAUAAUUCAAAUCAUCAAAAGUUCAAAACUGUUGCGUGUUUUUGUUUUUGUUUUUUAACAAGAAAGAUAUUCUUUCUGUCCCAUUUUAUCUAAUAUUUAGGUUUCCUUAUUUGUUUUAUUUUAUUAUAUG